AUGUCCGAUCCUACACCCGAGGAAAGAAGACGUAUCCUUAGGGAAAGAAGACAGGCCAAAAUGACUGGUGGUAAGGCUCUGGAGAGAUUAAAUGAUAUUUUAUCUCAAGGAUCAUCAGUAAAAGCUUCAUCAGCUGUAUCAGUCAUGGACAAACCCGAAAAAGAGGCCAUUACUUCCACCAUAGCGGACGAUACUCAAAACACUAUCCAGCAUUUAGAACAUGACGCAGAUCCAGAUGUCCAAGAUAUAGAUACUAUCGUAAAUGAGAAUCAACCUGGUGGUCAAGAUAUUGAUGAACUCUUUAAAAAUAUAUUUAGUGGAGGAUUGGAUAUUCCUGGUGGGGAAGGUGCUGGAGAAGAUCCAAUAGCCCAAAUGAUGAAGCAGAUGAUGCAAGGACAAAGUGCCACUUCCAGUUCACCGUUUGGAACGGCCAAGGACACUGAAUUGGAAGCUUACUUAGAAAAAAUGGCCAUCUAUAAGCUCUAUCAAAAGAAGUUAUGGAAAUUCAGGUUUCUCAUUAUCAGGUAUUCGAUUAUACUCACUAGCUUUAUAUAUUAUUAUAAAGUAAGCUCAGGGAAGUCAUUUGAACCUUCAACUUAUUCUUAUAUACGUGCAAUUGAACCUGAGUAUAAGUCGGGAUUUAUCACAACCUUCUUUACUGCAGAGUUUAUUCUUUUGGGAACUUAUUACCUUGUGAGCUCGACUAAGGGAUUGUUUCAAGUAACUGGAGAUAAUAGCGUCCUUUUGAAACUUCAUUCAUGGGCAUCCUUAGUGCUACCCCAAUUGAAUCAAUAUAAGAGUCUUCUAUUCCAAAUUGUGAGUUACCAAGAGAUACUAGGAAUGUUUUUAAGUGACUUGUCUUUAGUUGUGGUUUUGUUCGCCAUUAUAAGUUAUAUAACAUAG